AUGUUAAGAGCUGAAGCACAAACAAGCGAAGGAAGCCUCUACACAGUCCUAAAAAUACCAAGAACGGCCAGCACCGAGCAGGUGCGGGAGGCGUACAAGAAGGCAGCAAAAAGAACACACCCAGACAUUUACGAGGUAAAGCAGGGGGAGUUCGAGGAAGUCAACAAAGCAUACACGAUUCUCACAAACAAAAAGAACAGGCUUCUGUACAACGCGUUCGGAGAUAGCAUACUUCCCAUUCUGCUGGACCUCCGAUACGCCCCGUACAUAGAAACCUUCCUCUGCAAGCAGAUGCUGGUGGCCGGCCUUCUUCUGGGCGCGUGCGCCCUUCUGUCGACAGUCUUCUACCCGUACCUCGCUCUUAUGGUGGGGCUGGGGGUUCUUCCUUACUACACAGCAACGCUGGCCCCGCACUGCGUCACGUACGGCAUAGCUGCAGGCAUCGCAUGCAGGCUGAAAGUGGACGGAGUGCAGAGAAAAGUGCUGGCGUAUGCGUGCACGGCCGGGCUGGGCCUAAGCACGGUCGUCUUCUUCGCGCUGUAUCUGGACGGGCUCAUUAGCGCGCCCGUCUUGGCUUGCAUGCAUGCGUGCAUCGAGAUUCUGCGCAUAGUACUGGAGCUGGGGAAAAGUCUGAAGUAUCUGUCGAUAGCCCCGCUGUCGUACGUCCUGCGAAAAACCACAAGGAAGGUCUUGCGGUACGAGUACGUGCUGGGCGUGAUUUUCCGCGGAGUGCAGUGCGCCCUGCUUGUGCUCGCCCUUCCGACGUACAUCAAGGCGCUGCCUCUGGCCGUGUACGUUUUCUGCUUUAUGGUGUGCAAAAAGGGGCUAACCGUGUCUGGGGUUGCUUUGUCGGCAGCAGCUCUGGCUUUCUCGCUUUUCACAGUAUACCUGGGCGGAGGAAGCUUUGGCGUGGUUGGGUGGGUUGCUGCAGCGGUCGUUUUUUCUCUGAAGCUGUUUGUGGUGGGCAGGGUCUCGAUGGUCGUGCACGCCAUAGCAAAGGAGGGGCAGUGGGGCGCCGGCAGCGUGCUUGCACGACGCGCUGCAGGCCGGCUGGCUGCGCCCAUGUAA